AUGGACUCCCAGACUAAGAAUCUAGAUGGUCUUAAGGAGCAUCUCACUCAUGAAAAGCUUGACGAGUUACGGGAUUUCUGGUUUGAGCAUAUCCCAGAGGAGGCCAACCGCAUCAUUGCUCCUGGAGAACUGCAAAAGAGAUGGUUCUUCUCGGACAAAGAGUUUGACAACGUCUGCGUCACUCGAUUCAGCCCUGUACUCGAAGCCAUCCGGAACGCUGGUGUUACAUCCGCACAAGAGGUUCUGUCCGUUGCUCAGCCUCGGAACUCUCUAGACUGGCUGAGCCUUAUCAUUCUGCUCGACCAAAUUCCACGCAACUCAUAUCGCGGCGGGAAAUCAUUCAUAUGCUUCACUUACUUCGACCCUAUCGCACAGCAAGUCUCACUCGAAGCCAUCAAGCAAGGCAUCCCAGAUAAAGCACCUGAGAUUCGCUGGGUCUUCUCCCACCGCACCUGGUUCUACAUGCCCUUGAUGCACUCAGAGGAUAUAUCUGCGCAUGAAAAGGCAGUGGCUGCUUAUGAUCGGAUCAACCAGGAUAUACUGAGCUUGCUAGAUGGAACAGGCGGUGCAGAUGAUUACGAGAGGAAGGCAAGAGAAGUUGUGCAGGCGGAUCCUGAAGCAGCAAAGUCAGUUGGUGAGACGAAUAAGAUGUUUGAGGAGAAGCAUAGAGUUAUUAUCGAGAAGUUUGGGAGAUAUCCGCAUAGAAACCAGGCGCUUGGGAGGGAGGCGACGCCAGCGGAGGUGGAAUUUCUUGAGAGUGGAGGUGAUACAUUUGGUAGCUGA